AUGGCUUGUUGCCCGACGGAAGAGAAAUAUGGCUACAAAGAUGAUCGUUUUGAGAAAACUGUCGAUGCCCACUUUCAUUGCUCUAUCUGCCGCAAUGUUCUGAAGGAACCAGUGAUGUGUAGAAAUAAUGAACACAUAUUUUGUCGUGGCUGUAUCACUGAACAUUUAACUGUGAACUCGCAUACUUGCCCAGAAUGUAACGAGGACUUGACUGUCGAAACACUUCGUCAAGCCCCGCGUGUGUUGACCAAUUAUUUAUCUGAACUCAAGAUAAAGUGCGAUUAUUCUAACCGAGGUUGCCAAGAGUACAUUCGUCUGGAAGAGCUGGAUACUCACGUCGAGAAUUGCGGCUUUGCGCAGGUAAAAUGCUCAAACGAGGAAUGUGGAAUGGAAAUUAACAAGCGAGAGAUUGUUCAUCACGAGAGCACAUGCAGUAUGCACGUACAGGCAAGUCAAGUGUCAUAA